UUUUUUUGUAUGAUGACAAACUAUACAAUACAUAAUUAAGCCCCUCAAUUUUUGCAAAAUUUCUCUAUUCCCCCAAUUGUAGCUUGCUAGAUUUCUUAUCUCCAAAAAUCCAAUUUUUUUUUCCAGAUUAUUAGUACUUUACAAACCCCAAUUUAUAUCUUUCUUCACUGUUAAGUUUCUGCAAUGGAUGAUGGCAAAGAGAAGAGUGCACCAUGGCUAUCAGUGCCACAAUUUGGAGACUGGGAUCAAAAGGGUGGUGUGAUGCCAGACUACUCAAUGGAUUUCUCAAAGAUAAGAGAGAAUAGGAAACAGAACAAGAGGGAUUUGUCAAGAGCCAGUCUUGGUAACGAGGAAGAACUUAUUUCCUCAACUAAUAGAAAAUCAAAUACUGGUCAUUCAGCCCACAGUGAUGAUCUCCAUUACCAUCAAAACCACUCCCCAACUACAAGGAGAAGCAUCUUCAGCUACUUCAACUGCUGUGUGAAAGCUUGAAGAAGCUCAUUGGAUUGUUUUUUUGCGUAUUUUUCUAACUUCUCUCUGUAAUGAUAAUGUUCCUUCCUCAAUGUUCUGAUGGAACUCUUCUAAGAAAUAGGACCUAUUCUGGCUUUUGAAGAUCAGCAAUUGCUUGUCAAGUAAUACCAUUUGUGAAUGUUCAUGGUGACUAUAUC